AUGAACACUUCGAAAGCUUCAGAGAAAAACAAGCAGAAGCGUGCAUCAGUGUCUUUACCACCAUCUUCUCAUUUGAGUUUGGAUGAGGAGGAAGAACCACAAGAAGGCAUGGCUGAUAACCGUACUUUGAAGGAAUUGGCAACGCCAAAUACAGAUCAACAACCAUUGUGCAUCACAUAUCCAAAUGCAGAAGGGGGAUUUGAGCUUAAGUCCGACAUGAUUCACUACUUGCCUAAGUUCCAUGGCUUCUCAACAGAGGAUACCAACAAGCAUUUCAUGGAGUUUCAUGUGGUAUGCUCGGGAAUGAGACCAUCAAAUGUGGAUGAGGAGCAAGUUAAGUUGAGUGCAUUCCCAUUUACAUUAGAAGCUAAGGCAAAGGAGUGGCUUUACAAUUUACCUCCGGGAUCAAUGAACACAAGGAACCAGGUGAAGCAAGCAUUCUUGGAGCAAUAUUUUCUGGCCAUAAAAGCUGCAAGCAUAAGGAAAGACAUAUCAAGUGGAGGAGCAUUCAUGGACAAGACACCAACAAAUGCUAAGGCAUUAUUAAAGAACAUUGCUGGCAACACACGACAAUUUGGAGGGAGAGAUGAGUUACCUCUUAAGAAAGUUAACGAGAUUAAGGUGGCUCCAAAACAGGUGUGUGGUGUAUGUUCAAUGAUGGGACAUGCCACAGACAUGUGCCCUUCAUUGAUGGAUCAAGGUGGUCUUGAGCAAGCUAAUGCGUUAGGAGGGUUUCAGGGGCAACAAGGGCAAAAGUAUAAUCCAUACUCCAACAACUAUAAUGCGGGGUCGCGCGAUCAUCCACACUUAAAGUGGAACAAUCAAGACAACGGACAACAAUAUGUUCCCAAUAACUAUAACCGUUCACCUGGCUUCUUUCAAGCAAGACCGCAUGCACCAUUUCAGCCUCAACAACAACAAGAUCCAAGUAAGUCUCUUGAGGAUUUAAUUGCUUCUUUAGCUAACUCUAGUCAAUCUCAUCAACAGAAAACAGACAAAGCAAUUGAAAACCUUGAGCGCCAAAUGAGUCAGUUAGCAAGUUUGAUGGGGCAACAACACCAACCAGGAAGGUUGCCUAUCCAGACCGUGGUGAAUCCAACUACGGAGCAAAUGAAUGUUGUGACUUUAAGGAGUGGAAAAGAAGUUUUUGAGUAG